CAAGGCAAAAGAAAUUUUGAAGUGACUUGAAACGUUGUUGAAAUAUUUUCUAUUUCUCAUAUUUCAAAUAUUACAUCGAGAAUAAGUUAUUAAACGUCGUUGUUUGUCGAUCGAACAUUUGCCUAUUUUCCACAACGAAUGUUUUGUAAUGAAUCUUAUUCGAUGAAAAUUUUAAUUCAUGGUUAUGUUCGUUCCUAACUGUUAAAUCGAUUAAUUAUUAUUUGAUAAAUUUAUUAUUAACGCAUUGGUUGAUACAAUGUACGAUUUAAGUUUAAUUUUCAAUGCGAUAUCAAUGCGAAGAAAGGAAAAUGAUGUAGAUAUCUCGGACAUUUCAUAGAUCAACUUUGAUAGUCGAUCGCAAUAAGAAUAAACUUUUCCCGUUCAAAUUUAUAAACGUGACGACUUUUAAAAAAUACGAUGGAAGAUAACGGGAUUGAAAAGGGAAUAAUAACGCAAAUUUAUCUUGAAAAUUUUGUUACUUACAACAAGGUUAUUGUCAAGCCCGGAAGAAAUCUGAAUUUGAUCAUUGGUCCUAAUGGCACUGGCAAAUCAACAAUCGUAUGUGCAAUAGUACUUGGUUUAGGAGGUAAACCUAACAUUAUUGGUAGAGCAUUACACGUGAAAGAUUAUGUAAAGAAUGGUUGCAACGAUGCAAAAAUUGAAAUUACAUUGAAGGAGAACCAUACCAAAUUUGUUACCAUUACAAGAUUAUUUGAUAAGAAGGGCAAAUCAUGUUGGUUGAUAAAUGGACAAUCUGCUACUUCCGCAGCUGUACAAGAAUUAACAAAUAGUUUUAAUAUUCAGGUAGACAAUCUGUGUCAGUUUCUUCCGCAAGACAAAGUUCAUGAUUUUUCAAAAAUGAAUGCCCAAGAAUUGUUGGAAAGCACGGAAAGAUCAGUUGGUGAUCCAAUAUUAUUAAAAUAUCAUAUAAAGUUGAAGGAGUAUCGUAUUCAACAUAAGGAUUUAGAAACACAAUUAGCAACUAAACAACGUUUGUUAGAAACUAGAACGCAAAAAUAUGAACAUUUGAAGGGAAUUGUCAGUACUAUCAAGGAGAAAAAAGCAAUAAAGAACAAAAUUUUGACAUUGAAACAAAAAAAGGCUUGGAUGGAAUAUGAUCAAAAGAGAAAGCAAUUGGUCGAAGUAAAGAAGAAGAGAGACGUAGCGGAAAAUAAAGUAAAAUCUGUACAAGCAAAACUCAUGCCGAUAAAUGAGAUGAUACGGAAAAUACAAUCGGACAUUAACAUGCAGCAAAACAUAGUAAAUGACCAUAAUUCAAACAGAGUCAUUGGGACGACAUCUAAAGCCAAAGAAGUAAUGAGGAAAAUUCUUGAGAUUGAAAAUGAGAUUAAAGAAAUUGAAAACGAAUGUUCACGUAGAAUACAAGCUGAACAAAAUCGCGAUCAGGAUAUAAAUCUUGCGCAGCAGCAAAAAAAUAAACUGGAUAAUGAUUUAAGUCUAAUGAUCAAGGAUAUUGGUUCGGAGGAGACGUUAGAAAUAAAACAGAAAGAAAUUUUGUCUCUCUUGGAAAAGCAAAAACAUAUUAAUAGUAAAUUGUCAGAUCAGAUAAUCAUUUGCAAGCAGGAACACGAACGAGUUGAACGAGAGAUCAGAGCUGUAAAAGAAGAACAGAAAUCCAUUAAUAUUGAAGCUAAGCGAUUGGAGCUUUUAAGGCAAAGAAGUCUUGAUACGUACAAAGGUGUACUGUGGUUGCGUGAAAAUAAAGAUAAAUUUCGGGAAAAAAUAUAUGAGCCCAUGUUAACGUUGAUUAAUGUUAAAGAUAUUACAUAUUCUAAAUAUUUGGAAAGGAUAAUUCCUCAUAGAGAUUUAAUAGCCUUUGUCUGCGAAAAUAAAGAGGAUAUGAACUUAUUGACAAAGUGUUUGAGGGAUCAGCAGAAAUUACAGGUGAACGUGGUACAUUCUGAUCCUAACAAAAAAGUGUACAUGGAACCGAAUAUACCAUUAAAAAAUAUUAGAAGAUUCGGCUUUGAGUAUUAUCUAGGCUCGCUCUUUGACGCGCCAUCUGCUAUAAUGAAGUAUUUAAUACCAUCAUAUAAUUUGAAUAAUAUACCGGUUGGAUCGCGUGCUGUCGAAGAAAAUGUGGAUAAUAUACCGCACAGUUUAUCUUGUUAUUUUAGCGAAAAUCAUAUAUAUUCUGUGAAUAUGUCCAAGUAUACUGGUCAAAGAUCUAUUAAAAAGAUACAAGUAGUUGGAAAUGGGAUAUUAUCAAUAGUAUUGGAUACCAAUAAAUUGGAACAAAUGGAAAAGAGAUUGAAUCUUCUUGAGGGAAAAAGGGAAGAAGUUCUGCGUAAUAUAAAAGAAUUCGAAGAAAAGAUGUGUAAAGAGAAUAAGCAAUUAGAUAUGUAUCGUGAAACUAGAACAAAGUACCAACAUAACCUGCAGCAAAUGCAAGCGCUGAGAAACAGAAUAUCUAUAGCUGAUAAAAAGAUUAAAAUUUUAGAAAAUGAACGAACGAGUAGAGAAGAAAUUAUUGCGAUGCAUAAUAAAAAAAUUCAGACCAUUGUACAUAAACAGUUGGAUAAAUACAGAGAAUAUAAUUCAUUAUUGAAGGAUUGUUUGAAAUAUGUAACGAUUAACGAACAAGCCAAGUUAAAAUUAUAUUUGUACAAACAGCUUUUAAUAACUAGAGAGAAUGAAAAUCAAGAACUGAAAGAGAAAUUAUCCGAGGCAGAGAAAACGUUUAAAGAGGUUGAACUCGAUUACAAACCGUUAAAGCAAGAAGCUAUCAAAGCAUACAACGAAGCUAAAGAUCUUACCAACGGUCUUAGCCCGCAAGAUGAGGAAUUCAAACCUAUAAAUCAAACAUUUGCUAAACUACCACUUACGAUUGAAGAAAUAGAUAAAGAAAUAGCCGUAGCGCAAACCAAGGUGUUUUGUAUGAAACAAAAUGUUGAUGCCGAAAAUAUAUACCGGGAAUAUGAGGAGAUAAAAACAGACAUGCAUAGUUUAAAAGAAUCCAUAGAAAGGGAAAAAUUACAAUUGGAAUCCAUUACGCAAGACACCAUUAAAUUACGAGAAAAAUGGUUAUCGCCUUUGGAGAGAUUAAUCGAACAAAUAAAUGUGAAUUUUAGUUCACAUUUUUCAAAUAUGAAAUGUGCUGGCGAAGUUACACUUUGUCAUGGAGAUAAUAUCAUGGACUUUGAUAAGUACGGUUUAAAAAUUCGAGUCAAAUUCCGAGAUACAGACGAGCUACAGGAAUUGACGAGGCACCAUCAAAGUGGUGGAGAAAGGUCAUUAACAACUGCAAUCUAUAUGAUUUCUCUUCAAGAAUUAUCUAGAGUGCCCUUUCGCUGUGUCGAUGAAAUUAAUCAGGGAAUGGAUGCAAUUAACGAAAGGAGAGUUUUCGAACUGCUGGUUAAAAUAACAGGAAAGCCAGGUAGUUCCCAAUAUUUUUUAUUGACGCCAAAAUUAUUGCCUAAUCUCUCGUAUUGUCAAACUGUAACUGUACAUUGUGUGUUUAAUGGUCCAUUUAUGAUACCACAUUCGGAAUUGGAUGUAGAGGAGUACUACAGGAAUAUCGCAAAUCGUAGACGUGAUUAAGCUUAUUUUUCAUAAACUCUAACGUACUACAAAUAAUAUGUAGUAUAUAAUGUGAUUGCAAAAAGGUAUACGUGUAUAAUUUUCACUAAUUUUCAAUCAAAGAAGAAAACGAAUGAGAAAAGAACAGAGGAUAGUCAUAGACAUACGUUGUUCCAAUAUACAAAUUUGUAAAGCCA